AGCUGGCAUGGAUUAAACGUCAGUCUCAUCCAAUCCAACAAAGAGCAAUCAAGAGUCCUCUUGUUUAUUAACAAUAUCAUCAUGGGACACGUGAACCACGUGGUCUGGGUAUUGUGGGCCAUCCUGCCAAUGAUAAUGGCGAGACAAUUCACCUAUCCGAGAGUAAAGUUCGAUUGCCGUCAUCAACCAACAGCUCAGGACAGGUAUUCAUGGGAGAAACCCGACUUGGAGUCUUAUCGAACGAUAGAUCCACAUGAUCUUGAGGAUCCUAAUGCUGGCGUACUUCGUGAAGAAGACUACGCCGGCUAUCAAGCAGGAGUCGCAGCAAUGGAUCUAACUAUACUGCACCCCCACGAGGCUCCAGACAACGCGGCAGAUAGCACAGGCAUAGAGAUGACUGCAGAAUCCCGUGCGCAAGAGCCCCACGUCCCCGACGAGAGCCACGAUGAAAAAACCAUAACAAUAGUAAAGAACGUGGCGGAUCCGUAUCCAGUGGAGAAAAUAGUGCACUACCCAGUGGUAAAAAAAAUCCCUUAUCCGAUUCAAAUCCCAGUCCCAGAGCCCUAUCCCAUCGAGAAGCCCAUUCAUCACCCGGUCAAGGUCAUGAUAAAAGUCCCCGUGAAAAUUCCAAAGCCGAUUCCCAUCUACAAAGAGAUACCCUACGCAGUUCAAGUCCCGAUAGAACGACGAGUCCCCUACAAAGUCUACGUCCCGGAGCCAUUUCCAGUCGAGCGGAAGAUUCAUUACGAAGUGAAAGUACCUGUACCAGAGCCAUUUCCAGUCGAGCGUAACAUACCAGUUGCUGUGAAGAUACCAAUCGCAGUACCUCAACCAUUUCCAGUUGACAAAUUGAUCCAUUAUCCGGUGGAGGUCAAGGUCGAUCGGCCAGUGGCAAUGCCAAUACCAAAACCCUAUGCUGUACCAGUGACAAAACCCGUGCCUUAUCCAGUUUAUAAAACAAGAUAUGUACCGUACGAGGUCAAGGUUGAUAGACCAGUUCCAGUACAAGUCAUCAAACAUGUACCGUAUCCCGUUAAGGUGCCGGUGCCCCAGCCUUACGCCGUAGAGAAGGAAGUCCCUUACCCUGUAUUCAAGAAGAUACCGUAUCCCGUUGAAAUUCCAGAAGAACGACCAGUUCCCAUACCCAUUGAAAAACCCGUUCCCAUUUCAAUCCAAAAGAAGAAAUUGCAAGGAGUUGAUAAGACUAGUCCGGCUGGUGGUGUCACUCAAGCGAUCAUAGGAAAAGGAAAACCAAUGCCGAGAAAUUACUUGGAUGCCCUGGCAGACGAUCCGGGGGCUGGUGAAAAAGCUGAUAACAGUGAUGAGUUGAAAGAGGGAGGUACUGAUGGUGAUGCAGGUGGCAGGUGUUACCUUUCUCUGUCUCACCAUAGCUCUGACUAGUUCCGCUAGCCGCAGGGAGGAACUUGAAAGAGCAGCAGAGUUGGCGGUUGAGCGUGCAGCGGAGAGAGUAGCUGAGAAGGCUGUUGAGAAGGCACUGGAGACUGGUAAUUCAUCGACCGAGACCGAGACGAUACGAGCGU